CUUCAACGUUGAUCAACCUCAGCUCCAAUCAUCACCAACGACGACAGUAUUGACAUUCUAUCUCUCAGUCUUUGCGAUAUACUAGGAUUCAUUCUUGGGUAGCUAUCACCCUUUCCUGUCUCGCAUCCUCCCAUCUACCACCUACCCCAUCAUGUCGUUCCUAUUUGGAGGCGGACGGCCGCAGCCAUCAUCAGCAGAAAAGAUUGCUGCAGUGGAAACCGAGAUGGAAAUGGUCUCAGACAUGUUCAGCAGAUUGACCCAAUCAUGCCUCCAGAAAUGCGUUCCCGCCGACUAUCGCGAAGCCGACCUGAGCAAAGGCGAGAGUGUCUGCCUUGACCGCUGUGUAUCCAAGUUCUUCGAGGUCAACAUCAAGGUUUCAGAGAAGAUGCAAAACGCUGCUGCUGGCGCCCAGGCCAGUGGCGGUGGCGGCGGAAUGUUUGGAAUGUAAUCAAUAUCGGAGAAAUAUCAAUCGUCUAGAUGGAUAAAUUAUUCCGUCUUUGUAUGACGAGGUAUCAAAAAGCUUCGAUGACAGUCUUGUUAAUGGACUAUCCCCGGUUUUCGACGUUGGGAAAACCAUGUGUAUAUUAUUUUACAAACACUCGUCACCAAGGACCACAAUGCCGCUUCGUUUGAUUUCCCAACAUCAUACAAGAUGCUUGCGGUUGAGGUACAUAGAUGUGUCGGCACAGAUACAAUCAACACAGACAAUUCACUCCAAGCGCCAUGCUCAAUUCCAACACCUCAUCAUCCAUCCGUUAUA